CAUCUCCCAAAACCUAGAAACCUCAACGACAACACACACUCCUAUCCGACCACCUAAUUUCUAAUCAGCCUUCCUUCACCCAUCCUCAUCAGAUCCUUCUACAAAAUCUGGCUUCUCCGUCCGCCAUUCCCCUCCAACGCGCCUGAGCUCUUUCAGGGGCUUCCUCUCUAUUCACUAUGGCCGACACGCUACACAACGCCCCCAUAGUCCUUGACAACGGGUCGGGCACCAUACGCGCAGGGUUUGCAGGAGAUGAUCUACCGAAAUGCUAUUUUCCUUCGUUUGUGGGACGGCCGAAGCAUCUGCGAGUGCUGGCUGGCGCAUUAGAAGGCGACGUGUUUAUUGGGCAGAGGGCACAGGAGUUGAGAGGACUGUUGAAGAUUAGAUAUCCGCUGGAACAUGGCAUUGUGACAGAUUGGGAUGAUAUGGAGAGGAUCUGGGAGUGGGUGUAUGGAGAGGGGCUCAAGACGUUGAGUGAGGACCAUCCGGUCUUAUUAACAGAGCCACCUCUCAACCCACGAAGUAACCGCGACACAGCCGCCCAAAUCCUCUUCGAAACGUUCAAUGUCCCGGCAAUCUACACAUCCAUCCAAGCCGUGCUCUCGUUAUACGCUUCUGGCCGGACGACAGGAAUCGUUCUUGAUGCAGGAGAUGGAGUUUCGCAUGCCGUGCCAGUCUAUGAAGGAUUCGCUAUGCCAAGCUCAAUACGAAGGAUAGACGUUGCUGGACGAGAUGUCACAGAAUACAUGCAACUACUGCUACGGAAAUCAGGCUACGUCUUUCACACAAGUGCCGAGAAAGAGGUAGUAAGAAUGAUCAAGGAGAAAGUCAGCUAUGUGGCGUCGGAUCCCAAGAAAGAAGAAAAAGAAUGGGCUGGAUCAGCAGGAAAGAUGGACGGCAAAGUGGUGGAAUAUUCUUUACCAGAUGGGAACAAAAUCAAGAUUGGUGCAGAACGUUUCCGCGCUCCUGAAAUUCUUUUCGACCCUGAGAUCAUCGGUUUCGAAUAUCCGGGCAUUCACCAAAUCGUCGUGGAUGCCAUCAACAGAACAGAUCUUGACUUGCGGAAAUCGCUCUUUGGCAACAUCGUUCUAUCUGGAGGCAGCACAUUAACGAAAGGCUUUGGAGACAGGUUACUUCACGAAGUCCAAAGAUUAGCUGUCAAGGAUAUGAGGAUCAAGAUCUUUGCACCACCAGAGCGGAAGUACUCGACUUGGAUUGGAGGCAGUAUUCUGGCGGGAUUGAGCACUUUCAGAAAGAUGUGGGUGAGCGUUGAUGACUGGCAUGAGAAUCCAGAUAUCAUCCAUACCAAAUUUACAUGAGUGUCCCUAAUCUCUAUGGACAUCUCAUUCCUCGGCAGUUUGGGCCGGCUCUCACGACAUCGAGGCUGGGUAAUUACUCUUCUCCAGGUCUUUCUUGGACUCUGAGAAUCUUCCACUUCUCAACCUUGGCCCACACCUGCAUCAACAGACUCAGCAGGACCCCAACAUGCACGGCUUAGCCCCAUCAUAGAGCAAUGUUCAUCUCCGGCAUUUUGGCCAUCUGGACUUUCUUUUGUAGGUAUCAGCCUAUGUAUGGGAAGCGCUCCAUACGGAUAGCAGGAGGGAUCUGUAUUGUACAAAAUUUGUGUAAGAGAGUGAUUAUCAAUGAUACCCAUCAAUGCCUACC